AUGGCCGAGAUACGUUUCAGAGUCCGCGGUCCAGGCUGGGUCGAGACGGUCACCGCAACGCCGGACUGGACUAUCCAGAAGUUGUUGGACCACCUGAGAGAGAAACAAGGCUCAGAACCAUCAGCUCUGAAGUACGGCUAUCCUCUCAAGAAUAUCGACCUCAGCAACGUGAACGCAACUAUCGAGCCUCUGAAUCUGAAGGGCGAGGCUAUCACUUUCGUGCCCAAGGAAGACAACACACAGCCAGCUGCACCAGAGGUGCCCGUGGCGACGAAACCAGCUUUCAAACCUAAGGCGGUGGAGGCUGACCACACGGUCAUAGAAUGGCCCGAGAAGGACGGCUUUCUGGCGUUGCGAGUCAUGCCCGAUGACAACUCGUGCAUGUUCACGGCGUUCGGAGGAGUUUUGCAGAGGGCAAACCCGGCCCCGACGCUGCGGAGGGAGGUGGGCGAGUACAUCUUAGCCCACCCCGACAAGUUCGACAAGGUAGUGCUGGAGAUGGAACCUCAGCGGUACGCGCAGAUCAUGCUCUCGCCGGAUCGGUGGGGCGGGGCGAUCGAGCUAUCUAUUCUCUCAGACAUCUACGAUAUAGAGAUCUGCUCGGUAGACGUCAAGUCACAACGCGUAGACCGCUACGGCGAGGGCAAGGCAACCCGGUGCCUGCUGCUAUACUCAGGCAUCCACUAUGACCGGAUAGCCUUCACCAUGGACCUCAGCCUGCCCGUGGACUUCGACGAGACCAAGUGGGAUGUCAGCAACGAGGCCGUGGUCGAGAUGGCGCAGAAGCUGGCCAAGCAGCUCAAGGACAAGCACUACUUCACCGACACGACCGACUUCGUGCUCAAGUGCGACGUACCUGGCUGCAACUGGAUCGGCGCGGGCGCUGCAGAGGCGAGCAAGCACAUGAAGGACACAGGCCAUUCGGCUCUGAGCGAGAUGGAGAUUACUUAG